GACACCUGUGAUCCUGACUUGGAGAACGUGAGUCAAGGAACGUGAGACGCAACAAAAAGAGCGUAACCAAGCCUUCGCUCUUCGCAUGGCACAACCGGAUGGGCCGAAGGAACUCAACUGUAAGUCAACAAAGUAACUCCUACAGCAAAAGCAGGUCAGUUACCAUAGUACAGUGUUCAAUCCUCUCCGUGUCUCACAGAAGGCCAAAGGAUCUGCUUACAAUUUGUACAUAGGUUCCUGCCCACGUAUAGCAUUAUCAAAAUCGUUUCUUCUUGGGCAAAUAUUGGAACAACGUAUCUCACGCGACGUCCAUUCAGGUAGUUCUAUUAAGAAAGUCAACACGCCUUGUUUCCAAACUGUACUGCACGGGGGCCGAAACAUCGCUGAAAACCCGUUUUGUUCUUUUUCUGCUCUAAGAGCAAAAAAUCAAAAACGGGGCCUCCAAUUUUAGCAUUUUUGUGUGUAACUGGGGUUAUUGAUUGAGCUGAGGCACCUGGGAGUAAGUAACUGACUUCUCUGUACAGAUAGAGGACUGUUGUGUUUUACUGGAUUGUACUACCUACAUUUUAGGUAAUUUUUAUGGAUGCUGUGCGAGAAUACUGACACAUAAUUGCUAUUCACUCAAGGCUCGCCAAGCAGGUGGGAAAUAAGUCAAUAUAAUAAGUCAGCGACAUAACUGCUCACUACAAUUCUAUGUACACAUCUAUUCUAAUCGUUACGGUAUUCCGAACUUUCCCAUGAGGCAGUGUGCGGCGAUGCCAGGAAAGCCCCCAGUGAGGGUGUCCGUAAUCCGCCUGUGUGAAAAUCCGAACAGAAUCGGGUUACAGUUGGUGUCGAACAGGAAUCUGCAAGAAAAUUCGCUCGACAGAGGGUUGCUAAAACCGUCUUGCGCGAUUCCUAGUGCCCGAGAAAGGUUUUCUGAGCAGUUAGGAAGACUUCCUUCAUUUCCUGACUCGGGUCACCUAGUCCUACUAGGUCUUGUUCGGACGUCAUGAGGGUGGAAGUGGAGAGAAAAUUCGUGUGCAACUCUGACGUCCAUGAGAAGUUAAGAGAAAUCGGAGCAGUGUGUGUCGGUCAGUGUGAGUUUGAAGACAAGUACUUUGAUUGUCCCGAGCAUCACCUGACCCUCAGAGAUGUGUGGCUGCGCUGCCGCCAGGGAUCAUGGGAACUGAAGUGCCCCACGCAGGAGGACAGGCAGGAGCGGGGGGAGCAGGAGAGCCAUGCGAGGAGCCUCCUCACUCGCUACCGGGAGAUCACCAGCCUGCCGGAGAUCAUCGCCAAAGUGCGAGAGGUUACGGGAGAAGAAUGCGCGGGACACGGGCCGUCCAGGAUGGAGGAUGAAGGGAUGAGAAUGGAGGACGUGGACGAGUGCUCCUUACGUGGAGGAGCCCUGUCCUGGUUGAAUGAACUCCAUCUGGUGCCUUUUGCAGUGUUCAGCACCAAGCGGUGCUCCUUCACUCUCGCCGAGGAGGGUCAGCAGCACGGGGUGCGAGUGGAUCUCGACCAGGCGGACUUUGGGUUUUGCGUGGGGGAGAUAGAGGUUCUGCUGCCGGACGGAGGGGAAAUGCAGCCUGCGCUGGAGCAAAUAGAGAGAACUGCCCAGAGGCUCGGUCUGUCUGGUGAAAAGAGGGUUCCGGGAAAAAUGGAUGCCUAUUUGCAAAAAUACUGCCCAGAACACUACAAAAAAUUACUAAAUGCGAAAAUACUUUGACAGAAAUGGACUUGACAGAACUGUCUUAAUACAUAUUUAGACUAACAUUAAAAUGAAAUAGUUCAUCAAUUAAUAAUUUGUUAUAAAUUAAUAAUUUAUGAGACAUAGCUGUUGAUUGUCCAAGGUACUAGGGUUCAUUCAUUAUACAGAGCACUUAAUAUGUACAGUAAAACUGAAUACACUGUGUGAUACUUAAUCAGCAGUGAUCUGCAAUAUAUGGUAUUAACUAACUUAUGGCACUAAGGUUUUUUGAAGAACUGUAUGUGAUCACAUUUCCACUUGCAAGCAAAUACUGUAUUUUUAUUAUUUCCUUAGAUGAUAUCAAAGUAAAUGUGUGUGUAAAGUGUGAUACUAAUAUUCUCAUGAUGUUUAUGAGUUGUGUAAAAAUACAAGUAGUGCUGCUUGUGUAACUUCCAUCAGUUGACUUAGAUCUUAGCAGUUUAUUCUACUUGUGUUUUAAUUCUGUCCACAUCUACUGUAUGUUGUCCUGGGAAAUACAAGGGUCUAAUUUCCUGUUUUAUUUUUUUUAACCUUCUUGGGACAUUUUAAUUUUUCUGUUUAUUAUUUUUAUUCCUGUGUAAAAACUAAUAAUAAUGCAGGGGUUCUUUACGGGGGUCCACGAUUUCCUUGGGUUUGUGAACCACAGGCUUCCUCUGAAAAUAACACCCAACUCAAUAAAGGUAUUCGCACUAUUAAUUUCUAUGCAAGGUAUUUUUGAAUGAAAGUAAUUUUUAGUAUAGUAAACUGAGUGCAGUAUUUUUACA